UAAGUAAAUGCGUAAUAAACAACAAUAUCUAAUAAAGAGACUGCAGUAAUGGAAGCAGAAGAGAAAUCAUUUACAUCCAUCAUGGUUGAUGUACCCAAACCUCCCUCUAUAGAAGACUUCAUCGUGUUAAAACCCAUCAGCAGAGGAGCGUUUGGAAAAGUGUUUCUGUUCAGAAAGAAAAACAACAAUAAGCUCUAUGCCAUAAAGGUGGUGAAGAAAGCUGACAUGGUGGACAAGAACAUGAGCGAUCAGAUGCGUGCAGAGAGGGAUGCACUGGCCCUCAGCAAAAGCCCCUUCAUUGUUCACCUUUAUUACUCUCUGCAAACGGCCACAAAGGUUUAUCUGGUGAUGGAGUAUUUAAUUGGUGGUGAUGUAAAGUCACUGCUCCACGUCUAUGGUUACUUUGAUGAGGACAUGUCACUAAAAUACAUUUCAGAAGUGGCUAUAGCUCUGGAUUACCUCCACCGCCAUGGAAUUAUCCACAGGGAUCUAAAACCAGACAACAUGCUUGUCAGCAAUGAAGGCCAUAUUAAGCUGACUGAUUUUGGCCUCUCCAAAGUGAAACUCGACAGAGAAUUGAAUCUUAUGGAUAUUCUGACCACUCCAUCUUUGGCCAAACCGAACAAAGAUUAUUUCCGAACACCCGGUCAAGUCCUGUCCUUGAUAAGUUCCCUCGGCCUUAAUACUCCGGUAGUAGAUGGCAAGCGUCACAGCAGCGCAUCAGCCGCGUCCAGUCCUGUGGCUUGUGGAAAACUCGAAAAAGAACAGAGAAAUAAUUCCUGUUGUUCACCAUGGCUGGUGAGAAGAAGGGAGCUCAUGCAUUCUCCUAUCUGCCCCUCCAGAGCCCUCGCUGCCAACAGUGUGUUCAGUCCCAGUGUGCUGGCUAGAAGCCUGACACCCAGGCUGAUGAAAUCCAGGAAGAGGUUUGAAACUUUAAGUGUUGGCAGUGCUCAAUCUUUGCUGCCAUCAACUGACUCCGAGAGCUGCAUCAGCCCCAUGUGGGAGGAUGAACCGUUGCAGGAAUCGGAAGGAAAUGAGAACAUCCCACCACAAAACAGAAAAGAGAAAGUUGUGAAAAAGCCUUCUGACCAAGCAGACUGUAGAAACAUAAAGCCAAAUAUUUCAGGUGGAAAAAGACUCCCUUUCAGCAGUGCCGAGCUUUGUGCCCUGCAAAACAGUCAGACUCCUCGCAAACAGGCAUUUGAGAACAGUCCUACAACACAAGAAAAGACCCAGUCCCCGGAUAAAGGAUUCGCUCUGAACUCCUCUGUAAAACGAGUCUUCACGGAGGUGGACAGAAGCCCAGAGCAAGAUGAGAUCCAGGCCAAGAAGAACACUUCUGAAUACAGGCGCUGUUUUCCCAUUCCAGAAAACCACACCAGAGCUCAUACUGGUUUAACUGGGAUUUUCUCCACUGUCAGUUUAGAAAGUGACAGUGUGAUCCCAAACCGGUCCAGCCCUGCAAAAGUGGCCAAAAAUCUUCUGUGUGAGCUGGAAGAACCAGGUGAGAAUGGAGUCACUGGUGCCAGCUCCAGCUUCACUCUGUCUCCUAAAGAUGAAGGUGACCCGAGGAGGAACUUAAGUCUGGAUUCAGACACCUCAGGACAUGAUAUUUCUGCUGUUAUAAAAACACCUCCUGCACCUGAAGCCAAGGAUUGUCAGAAAGAAGUGCUGGCAUCAUCGUUUGAAGACGACAAUAUAGUAGGAGAAGCUCCUGCCCUUGCAGCCUUGCCGAAACACCUUGAAGAUCACCGGAGCAGAAAAUCUGACUGUUCACUGAUCGAUUCCAGCAGUCUCCUUAAAUCACCUUCGUUUCUUAAACCCAAGAACGUGGUAGCCUUCAGAAGCUACUGUAGCUCCAUCAACAGAUCCAACAUGUCCAACGGCUCGCGGCUCAGCCUGGCUUCCAUGGACGCCAUGGACAUGUCGGGGGCUUCCUCCUACCACAACCUGCCCGCUGCUGUCACUCCUGUGCAAAUGAAGAGACCAAGCUUCAGUAGUUCACUAUAUCAGUCUCCUCAGCCUAUGGCCACGUCUCACACGCCUUAUCGCACACCUAAGAGUGUACGUAGAGGUCCAGAACCCUUGGAAGGAGCCCCCAUCCUCGGCACCCCUGACUACCUGGCUCCAGAACUUUUACUGGGAAAAAAUCACGACUUUAUGGUGGACUGGUGGGCGCUGGGUGUGUGCCUCUUCGAGUUCCUCACUGGAGUUCCUCCAUUCAACGAUGAGACUCCUCAGCUUGUCUUCCAGAACAUUCUCAACAGAGAUAUUCCAUGGCCCGAUGAAGAGGAGGAAUUAUCCCCCAAUGCGAGGAGUGCCAUAGAGAUUCUCCUCACCACAGACGUGACCAAACGUGCUGGCCUGAAAGAGCUCAAAAAGCAUGCAUUCUUCACUGGGUUGGACUGGGACAAUCUCCAGAAUCAGACCAUGCCCUUCAUCCCUGACCCUCACGACGAGACGGACACCUCAUAUUUCGAGGCCAGAAACACCGCUCAACAGUUGGCUUUGUCUGGGUUUAGCCUAUAACACAUAACACUUCCCAAAUCAAAUCUUGCACAUAAGCACUCUCAAACCUUUAGCUGUUUGCUUACAAUGGCACAUGUGCUCCGUAAUGGAGAGAUUUCAACUCUAAAAUAUUAUUAUAAUGCAGGAAGUUGUCUAGUUAUAGAUUUUUGGUGACCUAGUGUGAAUGUAAAUCUGGUUUUUAUGUGAUCGUGGGUUUGAUGUGUGGAAGACUAUAAUAUAUUGUUGAAGACUAGAACAUGCUAAUGACAUGAAUCAUGAAUGCUGUUUUAACAUUAUUCUUCGCUGAUACAUAGUGGUUUCAUAAUGCUAUUUUCAGUCUAAAUAAUUAAAUAACAUGCACUGCAUAUGCAAAAGAAAUCACUAGAUUUCAGUGUAAAUGUGUCAUGACAUUCCAAUAA